AUGUCCAACCCCAUCCUUCACACAUUUGGUCCUUCCGUCUGGGCUGCCGUGCCAGAGCUCGCCUUGAUCGAAUUGGGAUAUGACCAAGAUGAUAUCGAGAAGAAGGUCGUGAACCUCGGGGAGGGCGAGAAUUUCGCUCCUGCCUUCUUGAACAUCAAUCCGCAAGGGACAUUGCCAACCCUUGAAGCAGGAGGAAAGGCAUACACCAGUACUGCUGAGGUGACAUCGUACCUUGUGGCACACGCUAGGAACCGUGUCACUGUCGCCCCCGGGACUGACUUCAUCAACAUAAUUCAUGAAGAGCAGUACGAUCCAAAUUUCCUCAUACUAUCAGCUCGCCACGACGAGGAACUGCGAAGCAGAGCGUCUGGAUUUGCUAUGACGUUCGUCCAAAACCGUCAAAACGCACUGGCUAAGCACGCACGAACCUCCCAAAGCGCUGAGCACCGGGAGUUUUACGACACAAAGAUCGCUGAGAACGGCAAGAUUCUGUCAAUCUAUCAGUCCAAAGCGCCAGAGAACGUCAAAAACAGCUUCUUUGAGUCUUCUAGGACUCAUUGGGACACAGUGAAGGCCUUCAUUCUGGAAGAACUCCCGGAAAUUCUUCCGGAGAGCGGUUUCCUCGGAGGUGACGAACCCGGUGAAGAUGACUUCCAUCUUGCAGCCUGGUUGGCACGCGUUGUCUUCGUUGCUGGUGGGGAGGACGCGAGCAAGGAUGGUGUACGUGCUAUUGAGAAGGAGCUGGGUAAGCCGACUCCAGACGAAGUUGUGACAUACUGGACAGCAUGGAGUGGACGGAAGAGUUGGCAAGAGGUUUAUGCCAAAGGACUGCAUUGA